CCGUCUGCAUCCUGCUGAGCUCUCAGAGCGUCCUGCCUCUCCGACGGGGACGGGACGCCAUCUUGUUUGUUUUAGUGGAAGAGGAGGCGGAGGGGUACCGGGGAAAAAAAUAACCCCCAACCAACGGCAGCGACGGCACGGCCGGCAAAAACAGAAACGCGCCAGACGGCUAACCGGCCUGACGCAUCCCCCACUUCCCCUUUCCCUUGUGGUGAGAAGGCAUCGAGACGAUGUUUUACGCACACUUUGUCCUCAGCAAACGUGGGCCGCUGGCUAAAAUCUGGCUGGCGGCCCACUGGGACAAGAAGCUGACCAAGGCACAUGUUUUUGAGUGCAAUUUGGAGAGCAGCGUGGAGAGCAUCAUCUCACCCAAGGUAAAAAUGGCUUUACGGACUUCAGGGCAUCUGCUGCUGGGGGUGGUGCGAAUCUACCACAGGAAGGCCAAAUACCUGCUGGCAGACUGUAAUGAGGCCUUCAUCAAGAUCAAGAUGGCAUUUAGACCAGGUGUGGUGGAUCUUCCAGAGGAGAACAGAGAAGCAGCGUACAACGCUAUCACUCUGCCCGAGGAGUUUCAUGAUUUUGACCAGCCACUGCCAGACUUAGAUGACAUUGAUGUAGCUCAGCAGUUCAACUUGAACCAGAGCAGAGUGGAGGAGAUCACCAUGAGAGAGGAGGUGGGCAACCUCAACCUGCUGCAGGACAAUGAUUUCGCCGACUUUGGGAUGGAUGACCGGGAAAUGAUGCGAGAGGAGAGCGCGUUUGAGGUAGACAUUAUGGGAGCAUCAGCUUCGAACUUGCUACUGGAGGCUGAGGGUGGUGCUAACCAGAUGGCCGAUAAGUCCAACCAUUUGGAAUAUGAUGACCAGUACAAGGAUGACUUUGGAGACAACCCCAUGGAGAGCAAUGAGGGAGGAAUGCUGGUGGACAAGCUGCUGAGUAACGAGGAUGGAGGCGGCAUCUUUGACGACCCUCCUGCCAUCACAGAGAGUGUGAUGAUGCCUCAGGACCAUGGAGACGAUGACGAUGACUUUGAUGCUCUCUCAGCGGGAGCCCCAGAUAGUCCGGACUCAGGCCCAACAGAGCCCCUACCAGCUAUGACUGACCAGGCAGAGCAAACUACUCUGGUCCACAAUGAGGAAGAAACCUUCGCCCUGGAGCCCAUCGACAUCACAGUGAAGGAGACCAAGGCAAAGCGUAAGAGGAAGCUGAUUGUAGACAGCGUGAAGGAGUUGGAUAGUAAAACUAUUCGUGCACAGCUUUCUGAUUACUCCGACAUUGUCACAACCCUGGAUCUGGCUCCGCCCACAAAGAAACUGAUGAUGUGGAAGGAGACGGGAGGAGUUGAGAAGCUUUUCUCCCUUCCAGCUCAACCUCUAUGGAACGCCAGACUGCUCAAGAUGUUUACAAGAUGCCUGACACCAUUAGUCCCAGAUGAACUGAGGAAGAGGAGGAAAGGUGGAGAAGCCGACAGUCUGGAUGAGUUUCUCAAAGAUCUGGAGAACCCAGAAGUGCCAAGAGAGGAAACAACAGGCCACCAACAGAGAGACAUCAUGGACCAGACCAUCAUGGAAGAGGCCAGCGUGCUGCAGACUUCAGCUGUAGAGGGGAGCAGGACAACCCUGGAUGAGUCGGUCAUGCCACCUCCAUCCUCCCAACGAGGCCUGAAACGCAAGGCCCAGGACACAGAGCCAGCCCUCCCUAUGGGGGCCUUGGACCAACAGCAGCAGCAACAGCAACAGCAACAGCAGGGGUCCAGACCAUCUAAUGCACCCCAACAGCUCGAGGCAUCCACUGUGGAGGUACCCCCGGAGGAAACAACCACCACCAACAUCAGCCAGCUGAUAGAACUGGACCUGCUCACCGACAAGGACAAGAAGAAGAAUGAUGAGGACUCUGAUGAAGAGGAGGAGGAGGCGCAGGGAGGAGACCAGGACCAGGAGGAGAGGAGGUGGAAUAAAAGAACCCAGCAAAUGCUUCAUGGUCUCCAGAGGGUGAUGGCUAAAACCGGUGCCCAGUCGGUCAGCCUGCUGGAUCUGUGCAGGAACAACAACAGGAAGCAGGCAGCUGCCAAGUUCUACAGCUUUCUGGUCUUGAAGAAGCAGCAGGCAGUGGAGCUUGUCCAGGAGGAGCCUUACAGUGAUAUCAUCGCUACGCCAGGUCCUCGCUUCCACAUCGUCUAAAAAACCCAUUCCUUUUAAUCUUUUAAAGAAAAAAACUGCUCGGAGGUCAGUACUUUUAGUCAGCAGCACUAUCUGUUAGUUUAACACAAGUCUUAUUUAAGUAUGCUGAGAUUGUUUUGUUUGUGAAAUGGUGUCAUUUUUGCAUCAUUUAGAUGUGAAGCAGUGGUGGUUCAGUGGAAGUGGGUCUGACUAACGUAUUUGGAACUCAAACAAUGAACAUAUUUAUUAUUUACUCACUUUAUAUCCCAAUCACUGUAAAGGAUCACCUGCAUCUCAUUGUUUGCUGCCGUCUCACCAAAGUGAAGGAGUCCAGUGUAAUGAUUUGUUUACAAUCAGUCAAACAUGUUACUUCCAUUUUUCUCACUACUGCAGGUGAAGGUUUACUUCUGAAGUCUCUCACCAUCAUAUUAGGAAGGAGCAUGCACUGUUUCCAAGAGUACAUUUAAACAGUUAUUAUAGUAGUUCUCUACAGACUCAACCAGCAGCUAAUCAUUAUACAGCUGUAGAGUAGCACUUUAAGUAUUACAGACUCUAAGUUGUUGUUGCUGUUGCUGUCAGUAAAAAAAAAAAAAAAUAGACAUGACCCAAAUCCACACAACAUACUAAUUUCUAAGCAGGAUUCGAGGAUUGUGCAAACUUAAAAAUAGUGAUGGCUAUCAGCCUCCUGACACAAAUCCUCUGGAAGGAUUUGUGUCAGGAGGGUCAUGACGGAAACAUUAAAAGUGAGCAUAAUUUAUGCACCGUUAAUUUAUGGCUGUUCUCUUACUCAAGGUGUGUUCUUACCGGCAUUGGGAAAGACAGUAAAAGUGACAAAACAGUGAUUAAACUUCAUUGUUUAUUGUCAAAGGUCUAUUUAAACAAUUUAAAUUGUGUUAAUUUUCAGUAAAUUUCACCAAAAUUCUAACUUUUUUUUAGUAAAGAAAUCUGUGGCAUCAAUUUGAAAAUCUUAUAUCGCCUUUUUCUCAUGUUCACGCUGUCUGAGGCCCGCCUGCCUGACCAGGGGAUAACAAAACCCCAUCAACCUUCAGGUUAAGGGGUAAAAAUCACCUGUUUUUUCAGCGCAUCGUGAUUAUGCACACUUUUCCUGAUUCAGAUUUAAAAUUCUGAUAAAACAGUUCUGGGAACACCUUUAACAACUCCUGCUGCUUCCUCUCUAAACUUGGAAGGAAUUAAGUUUUCUCCAUCAUUGCCUGUUAGUAUAAAAUAUGAAAUAUUGAGACUUUUCAUCACGUUGUCUUGGACCUUGUUACUAUGUGCUGUGGAUUUGGGACACAGUUUAAUAAAACCUAGCUUCGGGACCUCAGCCUAUAGAUAAAAACAUGAGUGGUCUGCUAUACUUGCAUGCUAUCCUGAAAUAUUUGAAUCAAGUCCAAUUUGUGUGAAAUUUCUUUUCAUUGCCAUGUUACUUUUUUUCAAAUCCUUAAAAUAACUUGAGGUCAGAUUCACUUUACUCAGUGUCCUUAUUGUAUAUGGAUACAGUGAUGCACUGUCUUGUUUAUUAAGACAAUUAAGUUGUUGUGCUCUGUGUCACUUUUGAUAGUAUUAAUUUAUUGUUGUAUUGCUGUAUAGCAGCUAAAGAGAAUGAAUUGUUUUUUCAUUUAAAAGCAGAUUUCAUUAUUAAUCUCUAGAAUGGCUGGAUGACAGGAUCAGAUGGAAACUGGAUGGACUUUUGUUGCUGCAAGUCAUCGUGGUAUGAGAAAAUACUGCAGCUUAAAUUUAAUCUGCACGAAAUAUCAACAGUGGAAACAAGUUAGUGUGUCCAGAGACAGCUAAAUGCAUUGUUUUUGAUAUCCCCUUCCAUCUAAAAAAAAGAAAAAGGGUAAACUGUUUAAUGUCUGAGUGCAUCUUAUAUUUUAAACUAUGUGCCUGUAACGAAACCUGCUUUUUUGAUUUUGUAUAAAAGAAAUCAUAAAGAUGUUGUCUGAGAA